GCUGCUGACCCAAACAAAACGUCCAGAGCUGCAAAACUCCACCCAUACCACUCUUGGACAUCCUCUCAUACCACCACCUGAUGGUUGUAUAUCUGUGGCAGCUCCAAGAUUCAACAUGCGACCUGCCUGAGAACAGUCUUUGAGGAUACAUUGCUUCCCUAAGUUUGAACGUUGUAGAUGUUUUCAUGCAACAGCUAUAAAAGUGAUCAUGGAGGAGGAAAUGUCUCUUGCAAAAGAAAAACACCAAGCAAGACUUUCAGAUGUGGAGAAUGAAAGUGAUGCUGAUGUGAUGAACUCACCGUCAGAGAGCAGUGACUAUGGAAUCCUUUACCUGAACCCUCAAACACCAAACUGGUCUCUGGUGGAGAAGUUUGCCAACCUUCCAGGAGAAGGUCCAGGAGAGAAAAUGAUGGGAUUAUGUAAUGACCAAGGCCACCAUGUUCAAGUAUUGUCACGGUGCAAGGAAACUCUUACUAAUGAUGCAAUCCACAUAUUUAAUGGCAUGUUUUUGGAGGCAACUCAAAAGAGUUGUUCCAAAAACCUCAAGACCAACCAAGUGCGAAAGGAUGUCUUACCCAAAACGAAGGCGUCUAAGAUGGAAGCUGAGCUAGAGGAAAAUUCUCCAGGUGGAGGUGAGAACAAGAAUGAAAAGAAGAGAGUGAAAAGUCCACCUGUGAAGAAAUUGCAUAAAAAACAGGAAAAUGACAAGAUUCCUCGACUUUUGGUGGCAAUGAAAAAGCGUGAAGCCGACACACAGCACCGUCCCUUCCAGUGUCGGCAAUGUCACUGGGCCUUUAAGAAGCUGAGCAAUCUGCAGAGUCACUUACAAACUCACUCUGGCCUCAAGCCACAUGUGUGUGACAUAUGUGGCAAAGCUUACUCCCAUCAAGGCACACUACAGCAGCACAAGCGUCUGCACACAGGUGAAAGACCGUACCACUGCCCUUUCUGUGUCAAGACCUACAUUUGGUCCUCAGAUUACCGCAAGCACAUACGCACUCACACUGGUGAGAAACCGUAUGUCUGUGACUCCUGCGGGAAGGAUUUCAUCCGCUCGUCUGACCUGCGCAAGCACAAGCGGAACUUGCACACGAACAACAAGCCCUUCCCGUGCAGGCACUGUGGCAAGACCUUCUACAAACCACUCUCCCUGAAGCGCCAUGAGCGAAAGCACCUGGGGGAACGGCCUUUCUCCUGCCCUGACUGUGGGAAGACGUUUACCCUUCCAAGUCGUUUGGAGGAGCACAGCAAGGUCCACACAGGUGUGCGUCCGUUCGUCUGCUCCGUGUGCUCCAAGUGCUUUACUAAGUCCUCCAACCUGGCCGAGCAUGAGGCCAUCCACAGCGGAGCGCAACCGUUCAAGUGUGAGGAGUGUGGCGUGGCAUUUGCCCUGGCCUCCCGCCUCGUUCGUCACCAGUACGUCCACAACAAGGGGAAACCGCUGCAGUGCACUGGCUGCAGCAAGAACUUCAGCCAGCCAAACAUGCUGAAGCUUCACCAGGAGCAAACCUGCGUCGGGAGAAUCUUUGUCUGUGUGGCGUGUCACAAGUCGUUCAAGUGUGCAGCAAAGCUAGCUCAGCACAUGCUGCACCACAGGGACGUGAGCAGCGGAGUCUGAUGCCCACUUGUGUUUCCCCCCCUGGGGGAGGAAUAAAGUUCAAUUCAAUUCAAUACAGCAGCAUACCUGUGUCAUACCAGUACACAUUACCAGUGUAAUAGUUUUACAGGUUUCAAGCUUAAAACUUUUGGGAUUUUCCAUGAACAGAAACUAUGUAACGUUAUUUGCCUCCUUCAUCCAUCAUACCUGACUGAGGGAGUGUUUAUGUGUAUACAGUGGCAGGGCAGGGGUGGGUGGGUGGUUGGGCAAAAUACGUAUUUAUUCCGGUCAAGCUACUGAACAAGCAGAAUUUUUGCUGAAACUUUUCAUGUACACUUCUUAGUGUUGUUUUGUCUUGCUUUACUAGCACAAUGUUGUUGUGCUAGCUAUCUAUCUUUAAGUAAAUUACUAAAGGUUUUUAACACAAAUGUCUAAAGAAUAACUGAAAUGACUGAAAUAACCUUUCUUGGUCUUACUCAUGUGUGAUAAAAAAAAGAAAUACUGGAUACUGGUUGGAGUUUGACUGCAAACACAGAAACAUCCAUGAAAGGUUUCAGAAGUCCAUUGUAAUGUUUUAAAAGCCUGGAUCCCUUUGGGUAAAGGCAUCUGCCAUAUGACUCAGUUCCUCAUGAGGGAACAUGACACAAGUAGCUUCAAGACCAAUUGACAAUUUCUGUGGCGUGAGCUGAAAAACGUCAUCAAAUUGUUUGCAAGGAUGCUCCACGGAACCAACAUUUUGUGACCACGUGGACCUUAUGCAUGGAGAAGCCAAAAUGUUCAUUUUACACCUACAGAGCCAAACUUUAAUGACUUUUAAAAUGUAUGCUACACACACAAAUGUAUGCUACACACACAAAAUGUAUGCUACACACACAUAAAAUGGAUAUUAAUAUACCUGUAUCCCCACGAUUAUGUCUACUGGCGGACAAAAAUCUUGUUCCACAAAGAGUAUUAACUGAUUCCUACAGGUUUUAUUAUGUAUUCCAUAAUUGGAAGAGUCCACACAGACCAGAUGAAAGACCUCGUCCACUAAUGGUCAUCUGUCUGGAGGCUUGCCGAGGAGCGACAGCAGUGGAGGCCAGUGAGCCCAGUGGGCAGAAACAUGUCUAUGUUUAUGUAAGAUCAUAUAAGUGUGAGUUUAUACCAGAACAAAAAUGUUCAUGUUUUAUUGUUCUCUUUUUUUUGUUUUUUUUUUCUGUUUUCUGUCUUUGACUCUAAAGGCCGUGGUAUACUUUGGUGCGUGUGGCGUGCACGUCCCAUAUCGUGGACCCUAGUGUGUCAGGGUCCUGUAGUAUCUGACCACACCAUCGGGUGGCGGUACACGUCUGGACACAAAGAAUAAGACGCAUUCCUACCAAAGAAGAAGAGAACGAUGCUACAGCUCCCACGGACACGUCCUGGUCGAGCAGUCCAUUGGCAGGGGAGUCGGGGGUGUCAGCAGGUUUGAGGGUCGCCAUGUUGAGGCUUGGAUGUCUAUCCUUGGCGACUACUUCCAAAAAAGAUUAAUAUUAAUAUUAAUAUUAGCUUAAGAUGCUCCUAAUAAACUGCCAAAUGACCACA